AUGCUUGGGCGAUACUUCCAGUCACUGAACGACCCGGAUAAUGCCAUUAAGAAACUCGUCCAAGACAUCAAUUUCAAAGGUAGGUGCAUUCUUCAGCAAACGGCUACUAUUGUAGCGGCCGAGGACGUCAAGGGUAGCACACACCGGAGUAAGGGAACGCCGAGAAGGACUCUUGGCCGGGGUAGACCUAAACGGAGCUGUUAGCAUUCCUUGAUACACAUCCAUACAUAGAAGAAGAAGAAGAAGAAGAAGAAGAAGAAGAAGAAGAAGAAGAAGAAGAAGAAGAAGAAGGCAUGUCGAAUAAGAGAUAAAGUGUAAUAUGACGGGAUUGCCCGGGGAAACGUAUAAUAAUCGUUAAUAGUACAGGUAGGAUGGUUACAUCUGUAGAAUGACCUGUCUGGGUGGAGAGACGAUGUCAACAUGCCAGCUAGUAAACCGGUGGGGAGCGCAGCGCUGGGGGCAACUGCAGGGAAGGGUCGAGGGAGUGCCGAUGUAGCGAGGAGGCGAGCGAUUCGGACGAUACGUUGCGUUACGGUACGACGAGGGGGAAAGGGAUCGGCAGAAGAGAGAGGGAGGGACACCGGUUAUCUUCACCGACACGCGACUACGCCAUCUCCACUCUAGGUCCUCGCGCAAAAAGUGUCACCUCAUUCAAACAACUCUGUCCAAGUCAAGGGGUGUUACACUAUGAAAACGUAAAAUGUACUCACAUGUUUUUUAUGUGGUUCACAAAAAGAUUGAAAGAAUUACGGCAACGUUCAUUAAAGUGGACUACAUUCAUAUAUUUUUGCAGACCCAAAACGUCAAAACGGCUAGAAUUUCAAGAAGAAUGGCUUUCUGGACUUUCGCAGGUUAAGUCCUCGUCCCCAAAAAAUUUGGUUUGACUACUAUUCUCUAACGCAUACGCUGUUAUGUUAAAAAAGGUACUAAAGCUGUGCGCCGGUUUUAGGCGUCUGAUGCGAAAACGGUUUAUAUAAUAGCUAUAAUGAUCCGAUUUCCAGGGUGAGAGAAUGUCAGAGGGCAAAUUACGAUAUGCUAAACUGUUUUGGAAAUUUCACACAGCCCGCUCAAUCUUUGAAUUCUUAAUGGUUUUUGGCCUCCAGUGCUCUUCCGUAUAUGCCCCACUCAUAAAGCCCCUAUUAUCACCGUUCCUGUCUUACAAAUGGCCUCGUUUACCGCGCUGUCACUAUGGCGGCAUGCCAUAUUUUUGCCGUAGCGUGAUGUCAAUUAUUUUAAAAUCCAGCUUGAGCAUCAACAGUUCUGUGCGGAGAUUUGGGUACAUCAUUAAAAUUUCCAAAACAAACGUUAUUUAAACACGCACAGUAAUGGGUCAAAAAGUAAUGCAUUUUAACAUGUGGCAGCGGCCGAAGCCUUUUGUGAAAGCUCCAAUUGACUUAAGUAAAGGAAGUUUUCGACUUUGGAAAUAAAUUCCUGAAGACUACCUCACUCCCUUUGGUUGUUCUCAAAAUACCCUAAUUCUGUGCCAACUGCAAAUGGGGUUCAUAGGAUACUUCGUGAAACCUAUGUUGCUUUAAAAUUUUGCUUUUACACGUGAUCCUUGUGUUGACGAUGAAUUAUAUCUCCAGGUAGCGUCAAAAUAUGUCGAAUGAUGGUAUAUGUAAAGACGGACAUGAAGUCCUCAUUCCACUGACUUUGCGAACGAGACUUUAGUCAUACGCAAUCAUAAAUUUAACAACAAGGCAGUUCAGUCGUCGUUGCCGCCGUUGCUCACGAUAUACCCCACAGCGGGAUUCGCGUAGAUGCAUUCAUGAUCGAUGAUGAUUGAUCUAAACACUGUCAUCGUUCACCCAUAUGAACCGGAUGUCAAAAGAGAGUCAAGAGGACCGGGUACAGAAUCGGAUGUAGUACGCUGAAGCAGCACCAGCCUGCGCCGAGGCAUCUUAACAAACGCCCAUUUAUGUCAUUUUUAUGUGUGAGAGGCUCAAAAACGCAUGUCGGACACUGGUCUUACCCCAAUGUUUAACUAGCGUAACUCUGGCAUCAACCCUUAAGUGGGGCGAUGCUAUAUACAUUCCGCGGCUGGCUGCAUCUCAGACGCAAAUUCGAAUAAGUUAUAAUUUGCCGAGUGACAUCUUCCAUUUUGCCACGUACGCUUGUUCAAGUACCACCGUUCUGGUUAAUCUUCUCGUCUCUCCUUUACAUCUGCCUUAGGCUUACUUUCACCGGAUUCGGUCCGAGACGUCUCAUGUUUGUUUAUAUCUUACCGAUUUUUGACAAUUGAUGUAAAACAAAUCGUGUUAAAAGUGGCUGUCUGGCUAACUCCGAAACAUAUUUUCGGUAGUUCAUUCCGGUGUUUCAGGACAAUCUUGAUGAAAAGACCUGUUCGUUAUAAGUAUUUACGCAUGUUUGUUUGAUGUCAUCGGAGGUUGCAAGUACAGCUAGGCUGGUUGAAUUCAUUUGUAUCACAAAUGUUAUUUUUAUUAACCAGUUUCCACGAUUUGCUUAAAUCAGAGCGGGAGGAAGGACACACUGUACACAUAUCUAGCUGAUGUAACUGAGGGGUGAGGUUGACCCGUUAAAGCUUUAGUUUUUGGGAAUCAUGCAUCAUGAACGAGACACCGAUACUAGACCCGGUCUGAAAACUUUAUUUUAGUUCAAAUUAAUCAGGUUUAUCUAAGGAACAGAAAAGGUCGCAUCACCUCAGGUUUUUAAUAUUUUUACUGAACUGGAAUGUGGGCGGAGAAUUGAUUAGGCCGCAUCUGACGACCCACAGGAACUCUGGUAAGGAUGUAGGAAGCGCCACCACACACGUCACACGUUAUACACCAAUAUAACAACACUUUUUACAGGAAAAAUCAUAAUUAUAAGAUGGAACAACAACUUAAUCUGAUAAGCCAAGUUGAGUGGGCUGAGUAGCUACUCUAAUAUUCAGUUGGUUAGGCUGAUUAGACUGCCUGUUAGCGGGGAAGUUCAGUUGCAAAAAAGGAUAGUUGGCAAAAUGCACAGUUUGAGAACUCGGGUAUAAGCCUUAAAAGGAUAUGUUAGGUUCACCGGCUGUCUUCCGCUUCUCGUCAGUCCGUUGGCUCUUUUAAAGUUUUCCGCCUAAUUCUCCUUAUUUUGUACAGCAGUAACCUAGUUAAUGUGUUAAUUGAGACACUCAAUUAUUGUUUGUUUGUCUUUCCGCUACCAUAAUUUUUAUCGUAUUUAAGUCUCCUCUUUUCUCGCUUCUUUCACCAUUGGUGUGGUGUGAGGCUUGCCUUACUUAUGCAUCUGCGCAGGUUGCAAGCGUCUGUCUCUUUAGCAUAACCCUGUAGCAUUCGUGGUCACUUUUGUGUCUUUCAUUCCUUAAUUCACGUGUUGUCGGUACAGUCGACCACUUUUUGGCUUUAAACGGUCGCAGUUCCAGUAGUUAGUGGUCUUCCGCAUACCUUCAUUACCACAGAGCCUAACUGCCAAGUUUUGGCAAAUAUUUGUCUGACCCACUUAUGUUAUGUAGUGACCGAAAUGGGUCAUUAUACGACCCGUCUUACGUUUAAUCGCCUUCCUCACAAUCUUACUGCAACUUGUGACGACCGUCUUCACGACGUAUUCAAAUACUUUCGACUGCAGUCCCACUGCAUUACACAACCAUCCGCUUUCCCAGUUCAUCAACUGAAGACCGUCGAGCAAAACAGAGCGUGUUGUCUACGCCAGCCCCAAAGACUCCAACGUCAGAGGUAGGCACGAAUUCGAAUCCCACCAAGUCCACCAGCAGCUUCAGUUAACCACGUCCUCAUCACCGGCCCAAGACUGCUCGGUGGAACGAUAUCACGAAUAAUUUUAUCUCCAAGUCAGUGCUACUCCGGACUGAAUCAUCUCGGUCGGCGAGUGCGGAAGGCUGUGUUAACGGACUGAGUUCCUGGCUGACUACGUAGCCGUUUGUUCAAAUAUAGAAAUUGGUGGAAUGGGGCGCAGAUAGCAUCGAUCGAAUUCUCCUAGGCGGUGUAGAUCUUCUGAUCACAUGGAUCAUCUUUCAUAUCCACAUAGAAGCCUUUUCUCCACAGGAGCUGCGUUUAUUUUCACUCUGAACGUAUAAUUGAUUUUACGUCGAUUCGACCAAAUCAAACGGAAACCGUGCAUGCCUGUUUCAUUUAUUAGUCAAUAUUAUCUCGGUCUUCCGCGGUUGGCAGAAAUCUCGAUCUAAAGUAGCACAGUGGCGUUCACUAACCCAAAAGCGGACCGGACAGAUAUCUGUCAUCGUAAGACACGAAACGGUUAUAUUCUUCUGGUUUUUCCCAUGCCUAUCUGUGACACGACAUUUUUCCAUCACGGUGUGGCGGUAAACUUGAAUCAAUCGGAGGGGCUUCGAUGGAAUUCCAUCUUACAGUGUGAUCGGCCGUUUGGAAUCAGGAUAGACAAACGGUAAAGGUGACAAUAUCGAGAAUUGAGUAAGACCAAAGGUACCGAUAGAGCCAUCCCCGCCUCAGGCAGACAACUGCAACGAGUCUUUCUUUGAUAAAGUCUUGAAGUGCGCGCUGAAACUUUUGCGAUAUAUCAAGGAGGCCUGUAACACCGUGGUUCAUGUACAACAACUUAUCACUUUUCUCAAAGAUCAGCACGAGUGUCAGUCCAGUCUGCCAACGCGAUUUUUGCUUCCCAAAUUUGGGUCUGAACCUAAAGCAACUGACUAGUUUUUGCUGUUGAAAAUUUGUAGCUUUACGCUGACAGAUGGCGUCCGAGUGCUUCGUUGUUCUUCAGUUUCGUUGCUGCUCCAAAGAUCUUCUCCUUAAGUUGUGAGUUUCAAUCGCAAUCAUUUUCAGAUACCGAAGGCUCGACUAGGGAUUUCGAGUUUGCCAGACCCAGAAACCUGAAAAAAUGCUCCCCCCAUCAGACUGCACCUUAGAUAAUUUUUUGUAGACCGAACCGUUUGUUUUUGUGGAAGAGGCGACUGUUGCCUGUUAGAGUCAGCCAGAUGAAAAAUGUCGCUUCCUUUGUUGCUGCUGACAUCUGUGACGAUAGACGUCUGUAGAAUUCAAAGGCCCAGAAUAAUUUAUAAGUUAUUCCUGUGCUUGACCGGCCAUGUAUAGUUAUGGUGCACUAUUGAGUCUUGGGUUUUCGACAGAAGUCGCGUUCGCUAGUUGUCAACCUGUCCUUUUGAUAGAUGCCCAGCCCUCAAGACUACAGAGGCGAAACGAACUUAUUUGGUGACGAUCCAAGCUGGCCAUAUCACGUAACAGUUAUCGGACUCAUUCGUAAUUAGCCUGACAAUCGUUUGGCGGGUCUUACUCCCCACCCUUCUGGCACCGCUGCUGUUAGCCGACCAUUGUUCAUUCAGCAAACCCAAAAACCUGCUUAUUUCUCAUCUAGCUGCCCACUACCCACCCCCCGUUGAAGCGACAGGUUACCAACAGACGGGCAUUGUCUUCGUGAGGCUUCUGUCUUCGCAUGGCUCUAAAUAAUUUUCCGCGAUAUCGUCGAUUGCCUCCUCGCAACUAUUGGUUGUUUAUUUGUUGCCUCACCAUGUCUUUGCCUGAUUCCUGUGGCGCACUCCUGUCUUCUGGCAUUCCUAUCGUUUCAGACCAUUUCUCCAUGGCUCAGCUUCAUUACGGAUUCGCAGAACCCGCUCCAGCGUGCACACUUGUCUCGCACCUUUUUCCUGACAAAAUAGGCGGCCGCCCCGCUUGGCUUGCCUUGGAUCACUUGCCCGAAGAGGCUGAGCUCGUCUGCUCUUCCUGUGGCCAACCGAUGGCCUUUCUACUUCAGGUAACCAUUUAUCUCGCACAUUCCCUGCAGCUGUAUUCACCUCUAGGCGAGGAUAGGGAAGACUGUUUCCAUCGGAUGCUUUUUUUAUUUAUGUGCAAAUCGGGCCGUUGUUUCGUCAACUCUACUUCAUCCUCAGAAUCGUCUGCACCAUCGUCAGUGCCCUUUCGUGUGUUUCGAUCUCAACUGGCCAAGUCCAAUCCUUACUAUAGGUUUGUCAGGCUUCACUUACUUACUUUAUUCCCUAUUGAUUAGUCCAAUUCCACCCGAUGAGAAGCAGUUAACAGAGGAGGAGAUGUUGCAGGCCUUUCGAUCCGGUACUCUGCCACCUCCAAAUCGUUUAAUCCCUUUAUGUCAUAUCUGUGGAUGUCGGGGCUCAAAAAGCUGCGCCAAUUGCAAAAAGGCUUCGUACUGCUCAAAGUAUCAUCAAGUAUGUUUUUAGAGCUUUUAGUUUAGUUUCAGUUUUUCCUCUUUUGAAGUGUACUUUAUCAGAAGCCGGUCUUAUCACUACCCCCGUUGAUUACCAGCGUAUCGCGAGGCACCGAUCUAGAGACUGGUAGUGUGAGUCCGGGCAAAUUAUGAUAGGAAUCCAGGAUGAAAAGGUGGCAUAUCGUUGGAUUCUGGCAUUCGCUUUCGUCAGCCCUCUUAUUCUUAAGAUAGUUUUCAUUGUCUAGUCUCUCUUGUUCACCAGCGUGGCUUCACGCACCUUUUUUAUAGAUAAGUAAGUAGUGAACAGUUCGAUUUCAUUUGGACUGACUUAUAUUCAUUUGUCCGGGUAACUAAUGCUAUGCACAAUUGCUUACUUAAAAGUAUAUUUCCAGACUGCGAACGAAGAUUUGCGAAUUUUGACCGCUAUUCUUCAUCCUUUUAAAAUUUACUCUUAUCCAAACAUGCUUUAAAAUCACACUUGUCGGUAUUCACUUGUGGGCAGUUAGGUGAUUUGGGUUAUUUUGGAAAAUGGACUUCGCCUUCAUCGUUCGAAUGUUAUAGAGAGCUUUUAAGUGCCUGGUCCGCCUUCCUUUAUAUCUGCUGUAGUCUUAUUCUCCACUUUUCCACCGAAGUCCUUGGACGUUUUUUGCAAACCCCAUAAUGUAGUUUGUUUUUAACAUUCACAUACAUCCACGCCGUCGGUAGCUUGACUUAACAAACUCAUAUUCUUUAUUCUUCUUCUGGCAUUCGAAUUAAAUGGCUAAAGCAUAGAAGUCUAAUCACUUAGAUAAUAGGCCACGGAGCCAUUGCCUGUUAAGCAGAUGACGGUGUCUAAUUUUUUGAGAUCUCCCUGUCCACAGUGAUUCCCUACUGAAGUCAUUUCCCCAUCGCACAGGUGUGCACUACUCCGAUUUCAUUGAAUUUGCCAGUACAUCAUGUGGUUUGUGAGGUCAAUGCAUAUCCCCAGUCCUUGUGGGCUUGUGUCCCGCAAGGGUCUUUAGUUAAAUCGCGGAUAAUUUCUAAUUAACAAAAUCUCCCUCUGUCGGCGCCCACGAUGGUAGUAGUGUCUUGCAGUGCCCUCUUUUCUGGUUUUGGUACGGCACCGGUCAUUUUUAAUCCAGCCGACCUCAAUUUUAUGAGAUUUUUUGGAUUUUCAGGCAUGGAUCCCUAACAGCCGUCCAAAUUGUUUUUUUGAGAUUAUCCCCCUGGUGUUUUAAAUCUUUGGAGACCAUUGGCAACAAGAGAGCCAAUUUAGUAGUAGUUCUCGGCUGCCGUGUCACAGUGUCGUCAUCGGGCUUUGCUGUAAAAUUUUUAGCUAUCUACGUGCCGAGCCCCAGCCCUCCCUGCCCAGAUCCAUGAUAGAUUAUUCGCUAGAUCCGAGCAUCCGCUUACUGGCAGACCCGUCUCCCCCGGGCAUUAUCCUCAUGCACCUAAUGUGCCUGCUUCUGAUGGCGAUAUCAUUAUCGGUGUCCUUAUCGUUUAAGUUCUACUCAAAGAGCUACUGCCAGAAGUCAUUUUCAGCACGGGACAGAAUAGGUUCCCCAAGGUUUCCUCUGUAGUGACUCCUGUUCCGUCUUUUUCUUUCACAAGUUACUUCACUGGAAACUCUGCCACAAACGUUUGUGUCCGAACUAUCAGUAUUUGGAUGAAAUGUUCUCCGCAAAUUCAUUUCUGCUGCCAGAAUUCGCGCUUGCCUCCGAGGCUGCCAAUGAAUCCGAUAUAGCAAGCACGUACACGCAGUCGGAUGACGAUUAUUCAGACACUGAGACCCCGGCGCAGACCUUGACUAGGUAUGUUUCCGAGUUGGCGUCAGUUUUUUGCUGUCUCGUUAUAUUCCUCGAUGGUCAAAACCAGGCCCAUAGUUGACAGAAGUUCACGGUUGUUUUGCGUUAGAAAUGCCAUUUUGUCCACUCCUGUGGAGUGAAAAACUCAUCCCAGAGCUCUGUCGCUGGUGUGUGCGUGCAUGUGUGACCAAUGUGGAGGCCAUCUCGGAGUCCGGCACGCGUAAUGGGGCUGCGCAACCAUGAGGGGUGAUGGCACGCCGAAGUGCAGGCUCUCGCCUCGCCAACCACCUGCGCCCCCUCUCGCCUCCGGUCUUCCUGACUCUGUCAUGACAUGAGGGGGCGCAGUAGAUGCUGCGCAAGUCCACUAUCACUAUAAACUGAUUCACACACAAGUCACCGUCUCUCCGUCCAUCGUGCUGUGGGUCACAGGAGGGACAUCGUCGGAAUCGAUAGUCGAACUGCCGUUGUAUGUUGACCAGUCAGGCUGUUGUGAUGUGACCAUCAACUUUAUUCCAUUGAACCUAUUACCUUUCUUCCAUGUUAGUGUCGAAUCGGCCGAGUUCGCUGCCCUCGAAGAAAUAUCACGCAAGGAGACAAAAGAGGAGCUAAUUUUCGCCAAAUUUCGCCAAGUUAUGAAGGCAGAACCCGACCAGGUAUGCCCUUGUUUCCUUUCCAUAUUCGAAAACCAGUCUGUAAUUUCCCUACACACGUAUUCAUUUAUAGUUCCGUCUGCACUCCUGUUUAUUUUUGUCGGGUUAUUGUAUUCUUUUUCGAUCAUUUACGACACAAGAGAACAGAUUUGGCGUGUAUGGGUCGGUCUUGUUAUUACCUGAUCUUACGUGGUUCGUAGAUAAUUUCACCUCUAUAUUCAAUGAAGACCAACGGCUCCGAGAACUAUGGUAAAACGAACAGGGAAACGGAGUUACCUCGGCAGAGUUGUGACGCCAUUGUAUUCCCGUACUUCUUCAGGGUGAGGUCGACAUUCGACUUCGGCUUACGCAUACUUGAAAGGUGCCCCUCAUUUGCAGCCUAGAGAGUUCACUCGUCUGUUACUAGAAGCUUCGUAGGCGUGAAUUCGUUCCUGAGCCCUGCAUGCCUCCACCUCCUGACGCAGCAAAAGCACCACCCCCGUCGUUUUGUGGACUCUCUUACAGGCUGUAUUCCCUUAUUUUUUUCCAGGUUCUCCGUUUCCAGCGAGGCGGUGAACCCUUCUGGGUCUCUACAACACCACACACCAUUCCAUGCUGUAGUGCCUGUGGCGGAAAACGAAUCUUCGAGUUCCAGGUUAGUCCUCUGAGAAUGUACAUCUUAUCAGCCCCAUUAUCUCCCAAGUCGAGCCCUCUGUGACUGAGACAUCUUCGGUGUCUCUGGCGGGUCUGUGAUGUCUAUAUCAGAAGAAAAGGACAGUCUGGGUUUCCUAGGUGUACUUACAGGUUUCCAAGUGGAUAUUGGACCCAAAACGGCCGCUCAUUCGCCGGUGGUCGACACUCGCGCGCGAAAUUCGGGGGGGUGCAAAAGGAUACAUGUAGUUCUCUUGCGAAUAAUGCCACUCCUUGUGAGGUUCGCUUCCAUCAGAACUGCAUUUUCCGACAGCUGCGGACCCAUUGUCGCGCUGGUCUUCCCCUGGGCGCGCCCGACAGUCAUUUCCAUUUAUUGUGUUGCGAACUUAGGUUCCCAGAAGCAGUACUUGUUUGGCCUUGAUUGAUAAGGACUCAAAUAAAUUGAACUAUUGCUCUAACAUCAUUGAACUUUUCGCCUAUCCGUGGAUACCAUGUAUGUGUGUAUUGCUUGUUUUGGUCGUUUAGAUCACACCCCAAAUCCUGUCUUAUCUAAAACUGGACUGCAUCAAUGAACCCUCCCCCGACUUUGCCACUGUCUACGUUUUCACGUGCGAAAACUCCUGUCCGUUGCCUCGAACCGUCCAAACAGCUGAUGGACACACGCGCACGAUUGAGUACCAAGAAGAAUUCGUGACCUACGACCCUGUCCCCUGA